CUUCGGCUCCCGCCUACUCGGCGGCGGUGGAGGCGAGAGCCUCUCCUCCUAGGGGGGAAGUGACCCGGUGUCCGGGAAUCCGGGUCUCGGCGCGGAGGGUGGGCACGAUGCGGCUGGGCUCCGGGACCUUCGCUGCCGGCUGCGUCGUGAUCGAGGUGCUCGGCGUCGCGCUCUUCCUCCGGGGCUUCUUCCCGACUCCCGUCUUUUCCGGAGCGGAGCGGCAAGCAGAGUCCCCGGCGCCCGAACCCUCUGCUGGAGCCAGUUCCAACUGGACCGAGCUUCCACCACCUCUCUUCAGUAAAGUUGUUAUUAUGCUGAUAGACGCCUUGAGAGAUGAUUUUGUGUUUGGGUCAAAGGGUGUGAAAUUUAUGCCCUACACAACUUAUCUUGUGGAAAAGGGAUCAUCUCUCAGUUUUGUGGCUGAAGCAAAGCCACCUACAGUUACUAUGCCUCGAAUCAAGGCGCUGCUGACAGGGAGCCUCCCUGGCUUCAUCGAUGUCGUCAGGAACCUCGAUUCCCCCACAUUGCUGGAAGACAAUGUGGUCACACGAGCCAAAGCUGCUGGGAAAAGAAUCAUCUUUUAUGGAGAUGAAACAUGGGUGAAAUUAUUCCCGAAGCAUUUUGUGGAAUACGAUGGAACAACCUCUUUUCUUGUAUCAGAUUAUACAGAGGUGGAUAAUAAUGUUACAAGGCAUUCGGAUAAAGUACUAAAAAGGCAGGAUUGGGAUGUGUUAAUCCUGCACUACCUCGGGCUGGACCACAUCGGCCACAUUUCUGGGCCCAACAGCCCCCUGAUUGGGCACAAGCUCAGUGAGAUGGACAGCAUCCUGAUGAAGAUCCACACCUCACUGCUGUCAGAGGAGAGAGAUACUCUGUUGCCCAGUCUGCUGGUUCUCUCUGGUGAUCAUGGCAUGUCUGAAGCUGGAGGUCAUGGAGCCUCUUCCAUGGAGGAAGUAAACACUGCUCUGGUCUUAAUUAGCUCUGCAUUUGAAAGGAAACCUGGUGAUGUCAGACAUCCAACGCACGUUCAACAGACUGAUUUGGCUGCAACACUCUCAAUAGGACUGGGUCUGCCAAUUCCGAAGAGCAAUAUUGGCAGUCUUAUGUUCCCAGUUGUAGAAGGAAGACCAAUGCGGGAACAGCUGAGGCUUUUACAUUUAAAUACAGUACAGCUUAGCAAGUUGUUGCAGGAGAAUGUCCCAUCAUGUGAAAAAGAGCCUGGAUUUGAGCAGUUUAAAGUGUCGGAAAGAUCGCACGGGAACUGGAUCAGAUUGUACUUGGAGGAGAAUAACUCAGAAGUCCUUUUCAACCUGGGAGCCAGGGUUCGCAGGCAGUACUUGGACGCACUGAGGACACUGAGGCUGUCGCUGAGCAAACGAGCGGCCCAGUACGACAUCUGCUCCAUGGCGGCGGGGACCGUCAUGGUCCUGGAGGUCCUCGCCCUGCUCCUGCUCAGUGUCCCGCAGGCGCUGGGCAGCAGGGCUGAGCUGGACGUGCCCCUGCUGUCGCCCGUGUGCUCGCUGCUCUUCUACCUGCUGCUCCUGGCCCUCGCGGCGCUGCACGUCGCCGUGUGCACGGCGGCCGACAGCCCGUGCUACCUCUGCAGCCUCCCGUGGCCGGCUGCGGGCGGCGUGAUGGCGCUGACGGCCACCCUGCUCGGUGCGGUCGUGUCUGCUCUCACCAGGACUUUUGCCAGCGAAAAGUGUCUGAGUCAGAAUCCACCUCAGUCCACCUCAAGGUGGUCAGAGUUAGAUCUCAGCUUCUUGGGAACCGUGGGCCAUGUGUUGAGUCUGGGCGCAAGCAGCUUCAUCGAAGAGGAGCACCAGACCUGGUAUUUCCUCAUCAACAUGCUGUGUUUAGCUCUGUGCCACCAGAUCUACAGAAACUGCUUUCUGGGAGACGACUGUGCCCCUCAGCGUUGCCCACACAUGGGAGAGGAGUUUGACGGGGUCACGGUGGCCCUGCAGGGCAAGCGUGCUGGCUGUGAGGGGUGGGAGCUCAGCCGAGCGCCCGCGGACCCCUCCUCCCUGGAAGCCCUCAGAGGCCCUGAGCGGUGGAUGGUGCUGGCGAGCCCCUGGCUGGUCCUGGCCUGCUGCCGGCUGCUGCGGUCCCUGAACCAGACCGGUGUGCAGUGGGCCCACCGGCCCGACCUGGGGCACUGGCUCGCCAGCUCUGAUCAUAAGGCUGAACUCUCCGUUCUGGCUGUACUUUCCCUCGCCAUGAUUUUUGUGUUGGUUCAGAAGAGGUGCUCCCUCACAUCAAAAGUGGCCAUGGCGUUUGGCCUGCUGGGCAUCUAUUGCUACCAGGCGGCCAUUGGAAAUGUGCUGUUCCCAUGGAAACAAGACAACAAAGAUGUUUCAAAGGGCAUUACUGAGGCUCGUUUUGUUUAUGUCUUUGUCCUUGGCAUUCUGUUCACGGGCACCAAAGACUUGCUUAAAUCUCAAAUCAUUGCUGCAGACUUCACGGCCAGGACUGUGGGCCUUUGGGAGAUAUACAGUGGUUUAGUUCUCCUGGCAGCGCUGCUCCUCAGACCCCACAAUCUUCCUGUCUUGGUGCUGAGCCUCGCGAUCCAGACCAUCAUGACUCAGUUCAUCUGGAGGCCCCUGAGGCACAACGUAACUGAGGUCACUGUGAUGCAUUACUGGUUUGGUCAAGCAUUCUAUUUUCAGGUAGGUUUUCAUCAUUAUGGAUAGAAGACUGUUAACUUU